AUGACAACCCUACGGAACGCCAUCCUGACGGCUCUCAAGAGCCUCCUCCGGGGCAGGUCCCUUCUCCAGGCCAUCCUCGCCUUCUGGUUCAACCCCACAGCUGUCGAGGCCGCCACAGACCGCACAGCCAAGGUAGACGGGACCGCGCGGAGGAGCAUAAAAGACUUUCUCAAGGAGGCAGAUGAGCUGCUCCUGCAACCCAUAGAACCCGACGAGCUCAAGACGCUCUCCAGGCGGUUCAAGGCCCAGUUCCGAGAGAGGCUCUGGAACAACCCUUCAUGCAUGCUGCCCUCCUACAACCACCAGUUGCCGGCCGGGCACGAGCAGGGCCAGUAUCUGUCUCUCGAUGUCGGGGGGUCAACCCUGAGGGUAGCGCUGGUCGAGUUGAGGGGGCGAGGGCUCAAGGGACAGGAGAGCGAGAUCGUGCGGAUGCGCAGCUUCAAGAUCACCCCCGAGAUCAAGAAGCUCGAGGGCAUGGCCUUUUUCGACUGGAUGGCCGUCAGGAUACACGAGACCGUCUCCGAGUCCCUGCAGGCGGACCACAGCGAGAAGGCUAUCCCCAUGGGCCUGGCUUGGAGUUUCCCUAUCGAGCAAACGUCACUAAAAGGCGGUCUGCUUCAGGGCAUGGGCAAGGGCUUCCUGGCUGCCAACGGCCUUCUCGGCCAGGAUCUGGGCGAGGUGAUCCAGUUCGCCUGCCGGAAGCAGAAGCUGAACGUAGAACUCGCCGCCAUCGUCAACGAUUCUACAGCCGCCCUCCUCUCCCAGUCCUACGUCAGCCCGACGACACGGUUCGGGCUCAUCCUGGGCACAGGCGUCAACAUCGCCGUGCACCUCCCCACCUGCACCGUCCACCGCUCCAAGUUUGGCACGCGGCCCUCCAGCUGGUUCGACAAGGCCAGCCACGUCAUCAUCAACACCGAGCUGGGCAUGUUCGGCCACGACAUCCUGCCGCUCACCCGGUGGGACAAGCUCCUCAAGGCCGCCCACCCCAAGCCCGAGUUCCAGCCCCUGGAGCACCUCCUCAGCGGCUACUACCUCGGCGAGAUCUGCAGGUUAGCCCUCGUCGAGGCCAUCGAGACCACUGGCAUCUUUGGCGGCGUGGUGCCCGAAUCCUUGCUCUCGCCAUACUCCCUAGACACCGAGACCCUGUCCAUUAUUGAAGAGUACGUCGACUACCUUUCUCCUCCUCCUUGCCAAUGUCUCCCUUUCCUCUUCUCUCUCUCUCUCUCUCUCACUAACCCGCUCGACAGGGACACUUCCUCAACCCUAGACACCGCCCUGGACACCUUCCGCACCCGCCACCCGUCGACCGCCGCGCCGACCCGCCUGGACAUGACGGCCCUGCGCACCCUGGCCUCCUUCAUCUCCCGCCGCUCCGCCGCCAUCGUCGCCGCCUGCGUCUCGGGCCUGUGGGAGCUCAAGGCCGAGGCCGAGGCCGAGUACCUCGAGUCCCUGGUCUCUGCCUCGGCCUCUGCGUCGGCCGAGGCGCCGCCUUCGUCGUUCGCCGCGGCGGCCGAGACCCGGGCCGAGCUGGACAUCCUGCACACGGUCGUCGCCUUCAACGGCUCCGUCAUCGAGCGGUACCCGGGCUACCUGGCCGCCUGCCAGCGGUACGUCGACGAGCUCGUCGUCGCCGCCGCGGGUCCCAACGCGGCGGGCGCCGCCUCCGUCGAGCUCAUCCCCGCGCACGAGAGCUCCCUGCUCGGCGCGGCGGUGGCGCUGGCCUGCCUCGAGGAGGGCAAGGCCAAUUAA